AUGCGUUGGUUUACUUGGGCUGUACUCACAGUCUUGGCUGCCGUCCUGGCUGCCAGCAACGCUACCUCUCUCGAUCUUGGCCAGAACACAGCGGCGGAUACAACUUCAGACUCGCAAAACGAUAGCGACGCCUAUGGCAAGCGAUAUUUAGCUGGCGUGGUUGAUUCACCGCAAGUCGACUACGUCAAAGAAGAGCGCAACGUGCUUUCUUCGGGGGUCUCAACUUUGAUCAGCAAAUUGAAGAGAAGUGUCCGUAAGCUGAAGCUGCACUACGAGGACUUGCGGAAGAAGAGGUUCUUGACCAAGAUGGAAGUCAUGUUCAAGGCGGGUACGACGCCCGAAAAACUGGCUGAUCUCUACGGGUCCACUAAAAAGGUCAAGCUGCAGACCGAGUUCAGGCAGUUCUACAAGUGGAGGUCGGGCUGGACGGAGCAAGCGCAAAAAUAUCCGAAACCAGGAAACCUGAAGGCAAUUCCAAAGUUGGAGCGCCUUGGUUAA